CCCGCCCCUCCCCUCGGGCCCCGCCGCUUCCGCUUGCCCAGGGGCCGCCCGGGGAGCCAGGACGAGCCGCCUGGGCUCCGCGUAGCCGGCAGCUUGGGGGCUCCAUCCCACACCCUCUGCACAUGAGGCCAUGAGGCACCCACUGGACCAGGGCCAGGUCACCCCUCCCUGCCCCUCACCCCAUCCAGGAGCUCCUUGCUGUCCCACAUCUGGGAGCUGAGGGAGCCCUGAAGGCUGGGGGCCUGCCUGUGAGGGGGUGCCUUUGCCGGGCACCAGCCCCAGCUCCCACCAGCCACACCCUCUGCCAGGUCUCAUAGAAUACUGGACAGAACCGAGCUGGUCCCCAUUGCACAGAUGGGGAAACUGAGGCCAGAGAAAGCGGAGCACCUGGCCCCUUGCCAUACCAGAAGAGAUGAGAAGGGAAGCUCAGAGAGGAUGAGUUACUGCCUGAAAUCACACAGCCAGUCAGGGCAGAGCUGGGGUUCAACCCCUGGCCUGCUGGCACCCCAACUGCCAUGCACCCUCUGCCCCCUCAGACCCCACUCCCUCUGGAACCUUUUGCUCCUGCUGUGGACCUUCCUGAAUUGUGGUUUGGGGAGCAACACUCAGGGUCCGGGUGAGUGGACGCCAUGGGGUUCCUGGAGUCGCUGUUCCAGCUCUUGUGGGCGAGGGCUCUCAGUGCGCAGCCGGAGAUGUAUCCGGUUUCCAAGGGAAGAGCUGUGCUGGGGGAACACCCAUGAGUACCGCCUCUGCCAGCAGCCUGACUGUCCCCCGGCAGCCAUGCCCUUUCGAGACCUCCAAUGUGCCCUCUACAAUGGCCACCCUGUCCUAGGCACCCAGAACACCUACCAAUGGGUGCCCUUCUAUGGUGCACCCAACCAGUGCGACCUCAACUGCCUAGCGGUGGGGCACGACUUCUAUCACAGCUUCGGUCGCGUGCUGGACGGUACCCCCUGCAGUCCGGGCGCCCAGGGACUCUGCGUGGCUGGCCGCUGCCUCAGUGCCGGCUGUGACGGUUUGCUGGGCUCCGACGCCCGCGAAGACCGCUGCGGCCGCUGCGGCGGGGCCAACGACUCGUGCCUCUUCGUGCAGCGCGUGUUCCGCGAUGCCGGUGCCUUCGCUGGGUACUGGAACGUGACCCUGAUCCCCGAGGGCGCCAGAUACAUCCGCGCCGCCCACCGGAGCCGGAACCACCUGGGUAUCGCAGGGUCCGAGGGAGGAGGCGCCCCGCUGGCCGCCCGAAUCCCGCGGGGAGGGAGAUGGCAGGGUCGGGGAGAUGGGCAAGGCCGUUUCCAGGGAGCCCGGGCUGACCCUUCCCUUGCAGCGCUGAUGGGGGGCGACGGGCGCUACGUGCUCAACGGGAACUGGGUGGUCAGCCCGGCCGGGACCUACGAGGCAGCGGGCACCCGCGUGGUCUACACCCGCGCCACAGGGCCGGAGGAGACGCUGCGCGCCGCCGGGCCCACCUCCGAAGACCUGCUCUUGCAGGUCCUCCUGCAGGAGCCCAACCCAGGCAUUGAAUUCGAGUUCUGGCUCCCUCGGGAGCGCUAUGGCCCCUUCCAGGCGCAGGCUCAGGUCUUGGGCUGGUCCCCGCGGCAGCCUCAGCCUCGGGAGGUAGAACCUCAGCCCCUUGAGUCCCCCACUGUCAUCCCUCCACGGACCCCGAUCCCCACUCCAGAGCCCUGUCCACCCUGCCCAGACACCCGCGGUCGUGCCCACCGGUUGCUCCACUAUUGCGGCAGUGACUUCGUGGGUGCAUGGUUGGGACCCAGGCUCUGUCCAGCAGGGCUCAGCAUGGUCCCACCCACAGUGUUCCGUGCCCAUGUACUGGGCCGCAUCCGCCAGGCCCAGGAGACCCGCUAUGAGGUGCGCGUGCAGCUCAUCUACAAGAACCGCUCUCCACUGCGGGCCCUGGAGUACGUGUGGGCGCCAAGCCGCUGCCCUUGCCCCCCGCUGGCCCUCCAUCGGGACUACCUGCUGGCUGCCCGGCGCCUCAUCAGCCCUGAUGGCACCCAGGACCGGCUGCUGCUCCCCCAUGCUGGCUACGCCCGGCUCUGGAGCCCUGCCGAGGACAGCCGCGUGCGCCUGGCUGCCCGGCACUGCCCUCUCUGAGCCCCCGGACCAGACCUUGGCCACACCUGGGUGACUAGUCUCAAAGUCAGCAUAUGUCUCCUCUUGCUGUAGCUGCCAGGGAGCUAGGCACUGUUGGUCUUCCACCUGCAGCUCUAUGACUCUCCCAUCAUCACACUCAGACACCCCUACACGCAGAGCCGCUCUCACCAGCAAGCCCACACGGGUGGACACUCACUGAACAGACUUAAUUCUGGUCUCCUCACCUUGGCUGCCAGGAAGCCCAUAGCUGUUCUACACUCAGAGACUUUGUGUCUGCUUUUAUUCCCCUUGCUUCACACUCAUGUGCUCAGAGACAUUGUCACACACAAGCCUGGUCCCAAGAAAACAUGCCUAAAGGGACGUUGUAAUGGUUUUCCCUCUUGUCCUGCCUACCAGGAAGUUCAUCACUGUUUAACCCCCGAUACUCUCUCCUUUCACGCUGCUACUUACACAUGUACUCUCACGUUUUCAGAGACACUGUCACAAACAGGCAUGACCCCCAGAAAACAUGCCUACCCAGGCACUGUAACAUACCAAUUUCCCCUUUUGCCCUUGCUACCAGGAAGUUCACAGAUAAUCUUAACAGCUUCAGCAAUUUGAGGGUGGGGUGGGCUUUCCUCCAGGCAACCCUGCUGUUCACCCUUUUUUUAUUCCUAUUUAAUUUUUACAAGAGCUGUUUUAAAAAAAAAACAAAAAAAAAAACACAAGCCCAGUUACACACA